CUAGUUGCACAGUCAACCGUUGAGACGUAAUUUCGCGCGCUCCGAACACGACGCGCCGCGGACUUCGCGCCGUUCGCGCGCAUUUGACAAUUGACUGUGCAUGCACACAAAUUAUUACCAGUGAAAUAGGUAUUAUGAUUGUUUCACGAUAAAUAACAUGUUGUGUCAGUGAUAAAAGGAAUUUAUUGGUUUGUUCGUCCAUAUCUAGGCCAGCAGUGCCAGUUCCUGAUUAGAUAACACUGUUAAAUGAGUAUACAAUACUGACACAUAGUUGCUAGGAAUUCAAACCGAACAAAAACAUCGAAACCGUUUAUGUUAUUGAUAUGUGGGUUAAACACGUCAAUGCUGAUGAAUAUUCAAUACACUGAGUGAACAUAGUGAAACGACGCACGCGCUAUCUCUCUGCGCAAAUUCUGUGGUGUGUGCAAUGCGGUGCAGUGCAGUAGUGCAGUGUUUCUGAGUGUACUGUGACGAGAUGCUCACAGGGCAGCUCGCAGGUGACUGGUGACGGAGGACCGGAGAGGCUGAGGGAAGGAGACAAGCACAGCGCCGUGUAGCAGCAGCAAGUCCUAGAGGAGAGGAGAUGCAGUCGGGCUCCCCGCUGCUGGCGCACGCGCAGCGCAAGAUUACAUGGGUGGUGGAGGUGGGAGAAGUGCCCCACUACGCAUACACACCGUACGAGAAACAUGUCAACCACAGCAAAUACGAGAGGGAGGAUGUCCAAAAGAAAACCUUUGCCAAGUGGAUAAAUUCGCAGUUAGUGAAGAAUGACAAGCCGCUCGUGACAGACCUGUUCCUGGACCUGCGCGACGGGGAGUGCCUGCUCUCCCUGCUCGAGAUACUCACCGCGCAGCAAUAUAAACGCGAGCGGGGCCGCAUGCGCGUGCACCACAUCAACAACGUGAACACAGCGCUCAACGUGCUCGACGCGAACGGCGUCAAGCUCGUCAACAUCAGCAGCAACGACGUCGUCGACGGGAACCCCAAGCUUAUACUCGGUCUAGUAUGGAGCAUAAUCCUGCACUGGCAGGUGCACUACCACCUGAAGGAUCUCAUGUCAGAACUGCAACAGACCAACCUGGAGAAAACGCUGCUGGCCUGGUGCCGUACGCAUACGCAGAACUACACGGGCGUGGACGUGAAGAACUUCACGUCGUCGUGGUCGGAUGGGCUGGCGUUCAACGCGCUGCUGCACCGCUGGCGGCCGCAGCUGUUCGACUACGCGGCCGUGCUGGCGCGGCCCGCGCCCGCGCGCCUCGACCACGCCUUCGCGCUCGCGCACGCGCACCUCGGCAUCGACCGCCUGCUCGACCCCGAAGACGUGAACACCCCGAACCCGGACAAGAAGUCGAUAAUGACGUACCUGAUGUGCCUGUUCCAAUCGCUGCCGCACUCGAGCGAGGACGUGGGCGAGGUGGAGAGCGUGCAGUCGGAGGGCAGCACGCCGCUCGCGGAGCCGUCGUCCGACGCGCAGGCGGGCCGCAGCCGGCCGCUGUCGAGCGCCACGUCGGCGUCGGGCGAGCUGGGCGGCUACGGCAGCGCGCUGGAGGAGGCGCUGGCGUGGCUGCUGGACGCCGAGGAGCGGCUGCGCGGCGCGCCGCCGGCCGCCGGCGAGCUGGCGCCGCUGCGCGCGCAGUUCCACGAGCACGAGCGGUUCCUGCUGGAGCUGGCCGAGCAGCAGGCGCGCGUGGGCGGCGUGCUGGAGGAGGGCGCGCGGCUGCUGGCGGAGGGCGGGCUGUCGCGCGAGGAGGCGGCCGAGGUGCGGCUGCAGCUGCGGCUGCUGGGCCAGCGCUGGGAGGCGCUGCGGCUGCGCGCGCUGCGCCGCCAGGCCGACGUGCACGCCGCGCUCAUGCGCCAGCAGCAGGCCCACCUCGAUGACUUCCGGCAGUGGCUGACGCGCACGGAGGACCGCAUCUCGCGGCUGGCCGCAGCCGCGCCCGCCGCGCGGCCCGCCGCGCUGGACGCGCUGCGCCGCGACCUCGACCGCCACCAGCCGCUCGUCGACGCGCUCGCCGACUGCGUCGUCGUCGUCGACGACGACGCCGCGCCCGACGACCGCGCGGCGGAGAUGGAGGACCAGCUGCGCGCGCUGGGCGAGCGCUGGGCGCACGUGUGGCGCUGGGCGGAGCAGCAGCGCGCGCGCCUGGACGCGCGCCGCGCGCUGCAGCUGCGCCACGACCAGCUGCUGCGCGCCUGCCAGCGGCACGAGCACGCGCUCAAGCAGAUGGAGGCCAACCCGGCGAGCGAGGUGGGCGAGGUGCUCGAGCGCAUCGUGCAGCUGCAGCGCGUCUCGCACGCGCUCGCCGUGCAGCAGCGCGCCGUCAGCGACCACGCCGAGCGCGCGCUGGCGCUGGCGCGCGACUGCGACGACGGCGGCGGCGGCGGCGGCGGCGGCGGCGGCGACGCCGGCGGCGGCGGCGGCGGCGGCGGCGCGCCGGCCGAGCGCGACGCCACGCUCGCGGAGCUCGCCGAGCGCGCCGAGGCGCUGCAUGACCGCCUCGACGCGUUGCGGCUCAUCGUCGACGUGCAGGCUUCCAGGAUAAAGGAUCUCGGUUUCGAAUUCGACAUUGACACGGUAGAGGAGCCGUCGGCGGAGGCGGAGGCGGGAACGGUUGCAGAGAUGGAGAGCGGGGCGGCGGAGGAGAGCCGCACGGUGACGACGACGCUGACGGUGGCGACGUCGCACGACGACGCGCGCUCGUCCAAGAAGAUGCGGCUGUCGCCCGAGGCGCACGCCGAUGCCGACCGCGCCGAUUUCCAGCUCGGCUACAAGGUCUUCGACGCCUGGGCUGACGGCGCGCAGGCCGAUUUGGACAAAUGCAAGCGGGAGCUAGAAGAGAAGAGCAGCAAGAGGAAAGAAAUUCCCCCGGUGCUGGAGCGCAUCGAGAAGGAGAUCGAGGUGCAACGCGCCGACUUCGCGCACGUCGAGGAGAUACAGCGCCGCCUGGCGGACAGCGGCCUGCGAGAGGAAGCAAAACAACACGCAACGAGCAUAAACGAAUUGAAGAAGCGCUGGGAAAACAUUCAGCAAUCAUUGCUGGAGAUACGAAAUACGAUGAACCUUUUAGAGGAUAAGGAGAACUACUAUAAAAAUGUAGAAGCUUUUCGCAACGAACUGGACGAGAUUCACGCGUGGAAAGACAAGAUGCUGACCGACUCGCCCACGAAUAACCAGCUGAUACAUUUGCGGAACAAAAUCCGCACAGUGAAGCAGCUCGAGAUGAAGCUAAAGGAACUAAACGCCCAGUCGAUAAUAUUGUUGACGAAAUCGUUACCGAAACCGCACAAGGACGAAAUCGAAACUGACUCGAAACGAAUCAACGAAGCGUACGAGGAGCUGCUGACCUACCUCAGCAACAGGGAGGUCGAGUUGAAGCUCGCUCUCAACAAGAAGCCCCGCGCGGAGGACGAGUACAGGGCGCUGCAGGCCAGGAUACAGAGCAUAGAGAGCGAGGUCGUGGCGGAGCACGCGAUGGUGACGUCCCGCGACCGGAUGGAGCUCCGACUCGAGGAGCUGAGGAAGCUGCGCCAGGAGUACGAGCGGCUGCAGGCCAGCUACGACGCCGUAGUCGAGCAGCGCCAGGGGGACCGCCACCACAAGGGCAGUCUCCAGGACCUCAACCUGAACAACAGUCUCGAGAACCUGGUCACUCGGUUCGGGGACUCCAAGACGUUGCUCGAGCAGAAGAUCGGGAAGUUAGAAAAAGGUUUAGAGCUAUUACAGCGGCUGGAGGAGGAGAGUGCAGCGCUGCAGCGCUGGAUGGAGGGCGCGCAGCGGUUCGUCGACGACAACGAGUACGUGCCGCUGGGCGAGCUGCCGCGCCUCGAGGAGCUGCUUCACACCAGCAAUAAAUUCGACGCAGAAAAAGAUAGUUAUAGAGAAAAAUUGGAGGCAAUAGAACAAGUGAAGGAAACGAUUUUAGAAGAUUGUGACGAUACCGUGUCAAAAACGAUACAAGCGGAUACCAAAGAGUUAAGGAGACAGUUCGAGGCGGUCACGGAGAAGUCGUUCCAGCUGAACGAGAGUCUCCGCCGAGCUCUCGAGAAGACCGAGAGCGUGUUCAGGAAAAUCGGCGAAAUCGAGGAGUGGCUGCAGGAAAUCGAGGAGCAGAUUCCCAAGGAGGAGGAGUGCAACAUCGGCGACUCGGCCGAGCUGUACCAGAUGAAAGUGCGCUUCCAAACUCUCAAGGACAAGUGCGACGACAAGACGCAGGAGUUCAGGAACCUCAACGAGGCCAGCAACGACGUGCUGGUGGCGGCGGGCGAGGCGGAGGGCGGCGCGGCGCGGCCGGCGGCGCUGGCGCGGCGCGUGACGCAGCUGAACGCGCGCUGGAGCGGCGUCACGCACGCCGUGUACGAGCGCUACAAGGUGCUGGCCGAGGCGUGGCUGGAGUCGGGCGAGCUGCGCGCGUGGCUGACGCAGGAGGCGGCGUGGCUGGACGGGCUGCAGCGCCGCCUGCGCCGCUCGCCGGACGCGCCCGCCGACGCCGAGGAGAUCGCCGACGAGCUAUACGACCUCGAGAACUACAUCCAGAACCACAGCGACGAGCGGCUGGCGCGCAUCCAGGACGUGGGCCGGCAGCUGGCGGACGCGCACAUCAUGCGCGGCUGGGUGCGCGCCGAGGUGGACGCGGUGACGCGGCGCUGGGCCGAGCUGCGGCAGCAGGCGGCGGCGCACGCGGCGCGGCUGGAGCGCGCGGCGCGCGACGCGGCGCGCUCCGAGGUGUCGGUGGACGGCGUGCAGCAGUGGCUGGACGCGCUGGACGCGCUCGACGCACAGGACGUGCAGGACGUGCUGCCCGCCCAGCGCGCGCGCCUGGCCGCCGAGCUGGCGCAGCAGCGCGCGGCCGAGCGGGCGGCGCGCGCGCAGGUGGCCGCGCACCGCGCCGCCGGCCGCCGCGAGGCCGCCGCGCGCCUCGAGGACAAGCUCGACCUGCUGGCGCGCCGCCUCGCGGCCGCCGAGCGCGCGCUGCAGCCGGCCGCGGCGGGCGCCGGCGAGGCGGCGGCGCGGCUGCAGCGCGCGGCGGCGCGGCUGCGCGACGUGCAGGCGGCGGCCGACGCGCUCGCGCCGCCCGCCGCGCUCGACCCCGACCACGUGCGCCUGCAGCUGCGCCAGUGUCUCAAACUGUACCGCACGCUGAGCGAGAUGAAGGCCGAGGUGGAGACGAUAAUCAAGAGCGGCAGGAAGAUGGUGGAGGAGGGCGCGGUGGAGGAGCCGCGCGCGUUCUCGGCGCAGAUCGACGCGCUCAAGGAGCAGUACAACCGGCUCGGCGCCGCCGUCACCGAGGCCAAGGCGCGGCUCGAGGCGGCGCUGGUGCGCGCGCGCGAGCUGCAGGCCGAGCUGCACGCGCUGGCCGCCUGGCUGGACGCGCUCGACGCCGCGCCCGCGCGCCCGCAGGCGCUCGAGCUGGAGAUGUCGCGCAUGGCGGCGGCGCGCGCGCGCCUGGCCGCCGCGUGCGCCGCGCCCGCCGCCGCGCCCGCCGCCGCCGCCGCCGCCGCCGCCGCCGCCGCGCCGCUCGCCGCGCGCGUCGCCGAGCUCAACGAGCGCUGGGAGCGGCUGCGGCGCCGCGCGCGCCUCGCGCCCUACUCGCACACCGCCGACCCCGACGCCGCCCCGGUCGAGUACGAGAACGUGACGGACACUAUCAAGAGACGGCUCGAGAGCCCCGUCGACAUGCCUGACGCCGAGAAGCCGGAACUCAAAAGGUCUAGGAUACCGUUGGCGUUGAAGAGCCCCGUGCCGAUUAGGAGGGAGGUUAAAGAGAAUGGCAGCAGGAGCCGCGGCUCGUCGCUCGAACGAUCCCCCAGCAGGCCGCCCAGUGUCGACAGAGCCACUAGCAGGUCACAUAGCGUCGACAGCGCCGCCGACAAGUCGCCCAACGGCGUUGACCGAGCGCAAAGCGUGGACAGCUCGGCCAGCCGUAUGUCGGCCGACUCCAUCGAGCCUGUACCCGCCGCGCCCGAUCACAGCAGUACGUUCAAUCUUCUCGAGGAUAGUGAACUUUUUACGCAGAUAUCGGGCAGCGAAGCGAAGGCCACGCAGGAAUCUCGAGCCGUGGAAUCUAAACCCGUCCCGGAGUCUUGUCACAGGGUCGAGGUGAAGGAGCGCAUGAUAGUGAAGUCGACGGUCGGGCCCGUGGAGCCCGCGGUGACGUACCCGUCGGCCGUCGAGACCGUGGUAGAGUUCAUCCCACAGACCGUCGAGACAGUUGAGAUCGUCGAUGACACCGAGACCGAUUCGGUGACCGAGGAGAACGACCCUGACGACGAUGACAGAUCGCCCGCGAGCCUCGGAUCAGAGCCCACGACGUUCGUCGUAGAAGUGAAGCAGACUGAGCAGCGCAUGAAGCCGACGCUCGGCAUACUAAAACACAGGAGUAGUAGCGGUGACACUGAGAAGUCGAAGCUUCCGAGGGUGUCGAUCGAGAUCCCUGACUUGAUAUCAACUGCUCAUGUCGGUCGUCGCGGAGAUGUAUCGAUGAAGACUCCCCCGCCGACGCCAAUGGAGGAGAAUUGUACCUUACCUUACGGUAUGACCGCUGUUCAGAACUCGGUCCAGAGGAAGCUGUGCGGCGAUGAGGUGAACGAGUACCUCAUCUUAGACGAAGUACCCGGGGACCAGGCAGCUCUGCCUGAGCCGUCUCUCACGGAAGGAACUUUUGCUACCGAGACUAGGAGUGAAAUACAUAAGGAGCUGCCGGUAGAUCUCGAGAAAGUGUCUACUCAGACGUUAAAAGUUGACGCGUCCAACACUACGGCAGUUGUCGACAAAGGAGAGAAGUGUACAAAUAUUGAUGAAGAAGUCAUAUACUCAGAAGUCGAAGACACUCCUCAGGCGGCGGGGGAGGUGCAGGCGGGAGAGGUGCAGGCGGUGGAGGUGCAGGCGGUGGAGGUGCAGGCGGCGGGGGCGGGGGCGGGGGCGGAGGGCGAGCCGCCGCUGCCGCUGGGCGCGUCCACGCCGCUGCGGGAGGAGCGCGCCGUGCACGUGGUGGCCAUGUCGCCCAAGCUGCCCGCGCGCGCGCACCACGCCUACACCACAGCCUGUGACGACUUCCUAGCUACGCCGUCGCCGGCGUCGAGCGCGGCGUCGACGCCGACGUCGAGCGCGGCCGCGGUGCUGGCGGACGAGGAGUCGGUGCGGGCGCAGCUGGCGGCGGAGCUGGACGAGCCGCUGCAGCAGUUCAUCGCCGAGGCCGAGCAGCUGGCGCGCCGCAUGGACGUCAUGCUGCUCACCGUGGGCGGCGUGCACAGCGAGCGCGACCCCGGCAAGCGGCUCGAGAUCCUGAAGAACCAGCUGGGCGCGCUGGCGCCGGAUGCGGCGGCGCUGAUUUCGCGCGGCGACUCGCUCGUGUACGCGAAGCACCGCGACAACCCCCUCCUCGCCGAUUACAUACAGACGUACUUCCAGGACAACCUCCGGAACAAGUGGUCGAUGGUGAUGGGCGAGAUCGAGCUGAAGCGCAACCAGGCGAUGCAGGCGGAGGACGACAUGAAGGAGCUGAGCGAGCUGGUGGAGCGGCUGCAGCGCUGGCUCAAGGAGAUCGAGGCGCUGAACGAGGCGCGCGCGAUGGAGGCGCUGCGGCGGCAGUUCGGCGCGCACGAGGCGGCCGCCGAGCGCGUGCGCGAGCUGAGCCGCGGGCUGCGCGCGCAGCACGUGGCGCACGCCGAGCGCGCGGCGGCCGACGUGCUGGCCGCCUGGGCGCGCGCCGCGCAGCUCUACGAGGCCGCCAUCACGCCGCGCGACCGCCGCCACCCGGAGGGCGCGGAGCUGGCGGCGCGGUACGCGCGGCUGCGCGAGGCGCUGUCGGCGGCGCGGCAGCUGCUGCGCGCGCCGCCGCUGGCCGGCCGCGACUACGACGAGUUCCCGCUGCAGGAGGACGCGCUCGCGCGCGCGGAGGCGGCGGCGGCGGCGCUGCGCGCGGGGCUGGACGAGGCGGAGGCGGAGUACGCGUGGCUGCGGCGGCGCGGCGCCGGCGAGGCGCUGGAGCGGCUGCGGCGCGCGCGCGCCCGCCUGCGCGCCGACGUCGCCGCGCUCGACGCCGACCUGCGCGCGCGCCGCGACAGGUGGCGGCAGUGCCGCGCGCGCUGGGCGGCGCUGUACGCGCAGCUGGAGGCGGGCGGCGCGCGCGCGGCGGCGGCGGCGCGCGCGCUGGCGGCGGCGGACUCGCGGCGCGCGGCGCGGCGGCUGCGCGCGCGGCUGGCGGCGGGCGCGGCGCGCGGCGCGGCGGCGCGCGCGGCGGCGCGCGGCGUGCUGGCGGCGUGCGGCCCGCCGCUGGCGCGCCUCCUGCACGACCAGCUGCGCGCGCUGCACCACCGCACGCUCGCGCUCGCGCUCGCCCUGCGCGCGCUGCAACACCGACUCCAGGAAGAGGGGAAAGAUGAGGAGGAUGAAGAGGAGGAUGAGGAAGAGGAAGAGGGUGAAAUGGAGGACGCAAAUGUGGAGGAGGCGGAGGCUGCGGCGGCGGCGUGGGCGGCGGGCGCGCGCGCGCAGCUGGCGGCCGUGCGCGGGCUGCUGCACACCACCUGCGCCAACCCGGCCGACCGCACCAGCCUCGCCAUCCGCCUCAGCCUCGUCAAGGUCAGUGCGCUCGCACCGCUUGCAUGCCUGAGGACCCACUAUUCUUACAAAAGAUCCGGCUCGAAGUACCAUAAUUAUUACUCAUGCUCGUGCAUGCUAGCGCUGAUAAACGUUGUCAAUCAUAGUACUGCUAGAGAAUGCCAUACGGUAUUGAACUUUAAUGUACAAUUGAAUUGCGAAUAUUUUUAGUCGAGAAUGACUAGUUCCGCAACCAUCCAGGACUCUUUAUCGUGAGCGAUUAUGGGCUUCGGUCCGUAUGCGUAUAUUAAGUAUACUAUUUGUGCAAAUAUAAUUUUCUAAUGAUGUAUACGUAAAUAUUCAUAUAAAAUAAUCCAUCCGUUUGUAUCAUAAUCUGGCUAGAAUUUGUACACGUUUUUUCUAUAUUAUUCCGUAGAAGCGGGAUAAAUCACAGGCGAGCGUUCAACACGCAACAACUUUAUUUUGUCACUCUCCUCCAAUUAUUAAUAAUAAGUUUACCUACUACAAUUUCAACAACAAGCUUUUACCCGCGGCUUUGUCCGCGUGAUCUAAACAGAAAUCCUUCUCCAUCCCGUAUAGUACGUGUAUACUAAAUUUCAUAAUAAUUGGUUAAACCGUUAAGGCAUUAACAGGUAACAAAAAAACAAAUUCAUUUUACAUUUAUAACAUUAGGAUGAGCAAUAGUUUUAUUAGUUCCUUUACGUUGACUCUUAGAUACUGCCCGCACAG